AUGCCUCAGUCUUCCGCUCUAUCCUUCACCAUACCAGUUCUAACCCAACCAGUCAACCGCCUCCUCCGCCGCCACACCAAGUCCGCCUACCCCUCCCUCGCCAUCCGCCACGUCGCUGAGCAAAUCGACGCCCUCUACUGGGCCGCUGGCGCCCCACCGCUCUCCAUCGAGCCUCACGAUGACUCUUCCCUCUCCUUCCACCCCGAACAACCAACAACACCCACACCAACCCCCCUCAUCGACCCUCUCCACCCCUCCGCCGACCUCGCCGCCCCCUCCACCAUCGCCGCACUACCGCCUACCUGGACCGAAGCAGACGCCAACGCCACCGAUGCGUCAGACAAAGAUGCCGCCGCCGCAGCGCGCUACGAGCAGCUCGUCGCGCGGCUGCAGGAGCUGGAUGAGCGGCGGCGCGCAGCGCGCAGGCGGCUGGAGAGGGCCAGGGAGGUGCGCGAGCGGGUCGGCGCGCCGCUGCGGGCGCCGCGGGAGAACGUGCAGGCGAAUCUGGUGACGAGGGAUGGGGAGCUGAGUCGGGCGGUGGCGGAGGCGAAGACGUUGGGUGUACGGGUUGGCGCGAGGGUGGGGGCGUGGGCGGAGGGGAGGGAAGGGGUGGAGGGGGAUGGGAGCGAGGUGGUGGGUGGGAGGAGUAAGGAGGUGGAGAGGGAGAAGUUGAGAGGGCUGUUGGAGUGGUGA